GUGCGACCGUAUAGUCCGCAGUAUGCGUUCGGUGUUCCUGCGGUGGGCACUUCCUAGUUCGGCCUGCGCUCCUUUCCGGCAAGCACAUCCUGCGCGGACAAAUGGCAAAAAACGCGUUGCGCUAUUAAAAACAAGACCAGAAAGUUUAACAAAAUGAAGUAGCAAACAUCAACAAAUCCAGGAAAGUUAUUGGGAAGUGUCGAACUAGAUGAGACUUUGGUUAAGGUGUUUGGUUUGAGUGUUCAAUUCAUCCUGGAAACAUAGACAUCAAACAAUUCAAAAAAUGAAUGGAAAUUGCCUUCGAGUUUUGGACGAAUAGUGCCAGCGAUGCUGAAACGUAGAAGUUAAGCGGGUUGACCCGGACUCGCUCUACGCCGCUGUGCUCACCGGAAAGAUGUCCUAAUAUGGGUUAUACUCGGUUGUUAAUCACAACGGCUCUAAUCCUCCUGGCCACUAGGCAAUCCUCAGCAGAAGAAAUUAUAGACCCCGCAACACAACUCUUUGCUAAAUUGGUGCGGUCCAAAACCCAGCAACAACUGCAACCACCACCGCCGCUCCUCAAUUCAGACUCACAAAAUGAUACAAUUGAUUACAGAUUUGAAGGAAAGUCAGAUAAAGAGUUUCUGGAUGAAUUGCUAACAUCAGAUAGAUAUGAUAAGCGACUUUUACCACCCGUCAGAGAUGCAGACUUCUGCUGCGGCUUGCAUCGUCCUCAGGAUAAACCGGACUUCAAAGAUCCGAAGGCGAAACUUCGCGUCGGAACACUCACAGUCAAUGUCAGCGUGCUUUUAUUGAGCUUGGCGUCUCCGGACGAAUCCAGUCUGAAAUACGAAGUGGAGUUCCUGCUGCAGCAACAAUGGUACGAUCCACGGCUGCAGUACGACUCGAAGAGCAAGUACGACCAUCUGAACGCCAUCCACCAUCACAAUGACAUCUGGCUGCCUGACACGUAUUUCAUCAUGCACGGCGACUUUAAGGAUCCGCUCAUACCGGUCCACUUUGCAUUGAAGAUCUUUCGGAAUGGCAGUGUCAAUUAUCUCAUGCGACGGCAUCUCAUCCUUUCGUGUCAAGGUAGCUUAAAUAUAUUCCCGUUCGAUGAUCCGCUCUGCUCCUUUGCGAUGGAAAGCAUUUCAUAUGAACAGACAGCGAUAAAAUACGUCUGGAAGAAUGAUGAAGAUGUCCUGCGCAAAUCACCGAGCCUGACAACGCUGAACGCCUACUUAAUCGAGAAUCAGACGAUGAUCUGCCCGACCAAGUCCAGUUGGCGAGGCAAUUACAGCUGUCUGAAAGUGGAUUUGAAAUUCACACGAGAUCGUGCUUUCUACUUCACCACGGUGUUCAUUCCGGGCAUUAUCUUGGUGACGUCGUCGUUCAUCACCUUCUGGCUGGAGUGGAAUGCGGUGCCUGCUAGAGUGAUGAUAGGUGUAACGACGAUGCUCAAUUUUUUCACAACGUCGAACGGUUUCCGGUCGACGUUGCCGGUGGUGUCGAAUUUGACAGCGAUGAACGUUUGGGAUGGCGUAUGUAUGUGUUUCAUUUACGCCUCGCUGCUGGAGUUCGUCUGCGUGAACUACGUGGGCCGAAAACGGCCCCUGCACAAUGUCGUCUAUCGCCCCGGCGAAAAUCCCGUCACACAACGACUGCCCGCUGUGCUCAGCAGGAUAGGCAUUAUCCUGGCCAGUCCCCUGGACUCGAUUGAGCAGGAAUUUUAUUCGGCGUACGGCGAAACGCCAACAUUUCCAAGGGACCAGCCGAGUUUUAGCGACAAGAAGCGGGAGUCGCCGACGGUGCCCAACGAGAUCAUCACGUGCACCAGCUGUGGACCAAAUCCUUGUACGCAUUCGGCGAAUAACGGAUGCGCCGAGUCUUGUGUAUUGCAGGUGCGCAAAAAGGAGCCGCCUCAUCCGAUCCGAGUGGCGAAGACGAUCGACGUGAUAGCGCGCAUCACGUUCCCGAGCGCCUUCGCCGUGUUUUUAAUUUUCUUUUUCUAUCAUUACAAUAGUUUUACCAACGUCUAUGGAAACGAUGGAAACUAAGUUUUCCGCUCAUCACAUUCUACACACACACUUCUCACACUCGUGGCCGGAAAUGUUUGCUUUGAACUUAACAUAUCAUCGUCGAUAUUGAGGAAAGCAGUGUGCGAUAGACUCGAAGUUGAUAGCCUUAAUUGAAUACACGUCACACGCCACUCUUCGUCCUGAAGCAGUGCAACGAUACACACAAAUAUAUUACGUUUUAUUGUUGAUCAUCAGUUGUGUUAUUUCACUAACGUUCUUUUUUUAACAUGAUGGACAACAGUAACCAACUUGUACAUAGAAUUCUUAAAUAAGCAUAUAUUAUAUAUAUAUAUAUAUAUAUAAUUAAAACCCAUAUAUUAGAAAAUUAUCUUAUCACCAAAUCACAUUCGAUGCGUUUGGUUACGAUUACAAUUGAUUUUGCAACAAAAAGAAAAAAUAUUUUUCUAAUAGUUAAGUAACAUCACCGGCCAACGUAAUAUUCUAUUCCUAAUCUAUAAAGAGAUUCUAUAAAAGAAGAUGCUACUGAAUGCUUUAACUAAAUAUUACAAACAAAAACAAAAUGCAGAUAUUUUUCGUCUCUCUUCCUUAAUCAAACCGAAUGGACGCACGUAACAUGCCUUUUUAGCUUUUUUACUACGCGUUAAAACAAAGAAGAAGAAAAGCAACUCCAAGGUGAUCAAAAAACAGCCUCAACUAAUUACUUAAUCGAUUGCAAAACUUUUGCUAUUAAUAUUAAGUUCGUGCACAAACUCCCGGAAUGUAACUUGUACAUAUUCUAAGUGUUUUAUGAAAGAAUUAGUCAUUGAUAGCGCAGAUACAGACAAGCAAACCGCAACGAACGCUAAAUGAAAUACAAGAGAAGUGCAUUAUGAAUAUAUUUACACUAUACUAUCAUAUUUGUGUACAUGUAUUGUCUGAAAACCAAUGAAUACCAAAAACUAGGCGAUACGGAUCAGAAAACAAACAAAAAUUACAAAAAAAAACUUCUUGUGAUAUAUAUUAUAUAUUAUGCUGAUGAAGAAGCCGAUUGAAAGCGUUUUGCAUUAAUACGAUGAUUGGACGGAUUAACCUUCGACUGAGUUUUGUUUAAUCAGUCGAUGGUUGAUGCGAGUUGACCAACUCAAUAGCUGCGGUAAUGUGUUGAUAUAAAUAUGAAUGCAAAAUAGGGCACCAAAUUUAUUCGAAUAUGACUUAAUCGUAAGCUAGAAUAUGAAAUUAUGAAAUUAUUAUGAUAAAGAUAUUUAUCGUGCGCUAACAUUACACUUUAAGAAUGAUUACGUAUGUGUACGUAUAAGGAGUGCCUGAUUUUCGUGACGAUUGAUGCAUUUUGCGCCAAAAAUAUAUUGGAAUGAGUAAAUAUUAGAAAUAUAAUUAGGCUAAAACAAUUUGUUCCCAUUAGUAUGCGAAUGUAGACGUUGAUCCCGAAGAUUUCUUUACGAAUUGUUAGAGUUUUGCGCACGUGUUGCUUGUUGAAGAUUAUUUACACCGUUAAUUGAUUAUAAAAAUUCAAAAUAAACCGAUUGGUGACAUAGCUUUAAUAUGAACGUAUUGUAUAACAAAAUAUUCAUAUAUUAGAAAUGAGUUUUGAACUGAGUUGAAUUUCUUAUAUAGAUGAUUAUCUAAUAAUCGAUAAUUGUACAUUGCAAACAAGUGUAACUCCCUGUGAUUGUUUAAAUCGUCAAACAAACAUACUAGAAACAAAACAUAACGUGUGUGUUCUCAUUUUUUAUUAGUCUAGUUAGAGAUUUAAUGAAUGUUGAUGAAUGUUUCACAGUUUCUAGUUUUUCUCGUUACCAAAAAUAUUAUAUACACGAUGUAUUUCUAAGUGAUAUAGGAAAAUUUGAAUACCAACGUGAACAAAAUGAUGAUUUUUUAUGAUUGUUAGAUGAAUAAUUUGUGUCGACCGCUUUGUCGCCCAAGCAAACAUUUUUCGUGAAAUGUUCAGUGAGCGUCAAAUCCAUCGGCGUGAUAUUAUAACAUGCUGAUAGCUGAUUGAGGUGCAAAUUUGACUAAACAUGAAUAGUUUAUCUACGUUAACAAAUAGAGUGUUUAAUUAUAGAAUUAAACUAAUUAAGCUAUCUUAACUGUAACGACUUAAAAUACGUCCUAAUUCAUAAGUAAUGUAUACACUCACCCACUCAACCAAGUAAAAAUGAUGCUUUCAGAAUUGCGAUCGAUUCUAAAAACCAAAAUCUUUCAACUUUGCCAAAAUUUUUGUUUUUCAUUCGACAUUUGUUUCCCACUGCCAUGUCACCGAGCAAAACUGAUUUUAUUUGCAAACCAUCUGAGAAACAAACAUUCCAUGAAUGAAUCUAGAUUCAAACUUAGCAAACUAAACACGUUAACUUUAAAAUCAAAGCGCAGAGAUUGAAUUGAAUAAGCUAAGCUCAUUAAAAGCAGCUGUAAUACUACAAAAACAGAAGUUUCGCAUAAGAUUAGGAGUACACAUAGAUAGAAAAGGUUUUUGAAUCGCCAGUUUCAUAUUAAUGCUAUCAAAUGAUGAUGAAGAUUAUGGAAGGAAACCAAAACAUUCCGGUUGUAAAUUAAUUCAUUGCAAAUGAAACUUGUAUAUAAGAUAUUCAAACGUUGUAAACCAUUUUUUAUACGCUCAAUCUACGAACGAAAUGAUGAAAUGACAAACUUUGCACAUGACUUGAUGCUUGCUGGAAACACAACGUUAGUUGAUCACAUACACAUGAACACAUUUUGAUGGGUUUUCAAUCAAGUUUUCAGUAUUAGAAAUGAAAAAGUCAGCGUUGAAUAAAUCCACCCAAGGAAUUGGGGCCAUUUGGUGCAAAAACGGUAUUAAAGUGACAUUAAGCAGUUUGUUUGCUUUCAUUAUAAGCAUGCGGCAUGUUGAUUACAUGCGCGGAUUGACGACAAAGCUUAAAAUAAGUAAAAAUGAAAGAUUAUUAUACUAAAAGUUUAACUUUAUGUAAAAACAUCGAAUUUAUUAUUGAAUACCUAACAUUUAAUUACGAUUGCGAUUAUAUUAUAUGAUAUGACAUCAAUUUUACUAUUACCUAGAAUUUUAAUAUGUAUGAUAUUAUUAAUAGGCAAAGAAAAAAUUAUAUAAAUCAACCUAAUUCAAAUCAACCAACAAACAAUGUUAAUAUGUAUGUUUUCAUCUGUUACCCAAUAAAUACUCAACCUUAAAUUAUCAA